AUGGCAUUAUGGGGAGGUCGAUUCACAGGCACCGUCGAUCCACUAAUGGACGCAUUCAACGCUUCAAUUCACUUUGACAAACGCAUGUACGAAGCAGAUAUUCGUGGAUCACAAGCAUACGCAAAAGCACUAGUAAAACGUGAAAUUAUCACCGAACAAGAAGGCACGAUGUUAAUCACCGGACUAGAAAAAGUAUUAGAAGAAUGGCGUAAUAAUACGUUCGAGAUUAAACCGGCCGACGAAGAUAUUCACACGGCUAAUGAGCGACGAUUGGGUGAACAUGUUGGUAGCGUAGCUGGUAAAUUACAUACUGGGCGAAGUAGAAAUGAUCAAGUAGCUACGGAUUUGCGGAUUUGGACGAGAGAAGAGACGAGAAAGUUGUUGGGCUAUUUGAAGCAUCAUUGGCUUUUAAGUUACGCGUGGAGUCUACAAGCAGACGCAUUUCGUCUCUCGCAAAUAAUCGAUCGAUUGAAUGUCCUUCCAUUGGGAAGUGGAGCAUUAGCUGGAAAUCCAUUCAACAUCGAUCGUGAAUUCGUCGCUAAAGAAUUGGGAUUCAAUGGCGUAAUUCAAAAUAGUCUUUACGGCGUCAGCGAUCGUGACUUUGUUGCCGAAGUAUUGUUCUGGGCGUCUGUGACAAUGGUGCAUAUUAGUCGGCUAUCUGAAGAUUUGAUUAUUUAUAGUUCGGGAGAGUUUGGAUUCGUUACUCUUGCGGACGCUUAUAGCACUGGAAGUAGUUUAAUGCCACAAAAGAAAAAUCCGGAUAGUUGUGAACUUUUACGCGGCAAAUCUGGACGCGUAUUUGGACAGUUAUCCGGAUUCCUAAUGACAUACAAAGGUCUUCCAAGUACAUACAACAAAGAUUUUCAAGAGGAUAAAGAACCAUUGUUUGAUGCUGUUGACACUUUAGCCGGAUCAUUACAAAUCACUGCGGGGGUUAUUUCGACUCUAAAGAUUCACCCAGAGAAAAUGCGGCAAAAUCUAAGUAUUGAUAUGUUGGCUACCGAUUUAGCAGAAUAUCUUGUUCGAAAAGGGGUUCCAUUCCGUGAAACCCAUCAUAUCGCUGGUGCAGCAGUCCGCAUAGCCGAAGAACGAAACACCACAAUGAGUAACCUCUCACUAUCAGACUUCAAACAACUUCACACCGCAUUCGAAGAAGACGUGUCUGCCGUGUGGGAUUUCGAAAAGAGUAUUGAGAAUCGGUCGAGUUUGGGCGGGACUAGUCGUGUUACGGUGGUUGCACAGAUUAAAAAGUUGAAGAGUUGGUUGCUCGAGUGA